AUGCCAGCAAGCAGUAUUGACUUAUUUCACAUGCAAGACGCCAAAAAUAAUUUUAAUGCUAUGCGACCUGCCCCGAUUUACAGUGAUCCUACAAACGAGUUGAUGGGUCACUGUCAGAAUAUACAUAUAUCUAGAAACUGCUACUAUGGAUACCAUGAUGCAAAAACUUCAGAAAACAUUUACGAUGGUACUGAUAGCGAGAUGAAGGAAAUACAACCAGAAUUAGGACCCUCACAGAAAAAUCCAAAAAAGCGAUGUGCUGACUCUUGCGCUUACCCUCAAAGCAAGCGGCAGCGAGAAGAAGUACAAAGAAAGAAAAAUCUUGAACCUGAGACAACUGAGAACUCAAGACUGGAUACAAGUGCUGAAGAUUUAAUGGAAAAUCUAUAUUGGAACAUUCAUGGAGGACAUAUGUUUCAACUUUGCUGUGUCAGUGACUAA